GAGAGAGGAGAGAGGAGCUCCGUCAGCGGACCAGGCAGGGAGAGCGUGGUGAGGAUUCCCAGCAGCCCCUGGAGAGUGAGAGCCGUACCGGCUGGACCCCCGGAGGAGGACCCGAGAGAGAACCACGUUGCCACGGGAGAGGCCUCUGUUCAGGCUGCAGUAUGUUCACUUCAGUGAAGGCCUUCGAGGGGCAGCAGUACUCCACCCUGAAGAGGCAGUGUCUGCAGAGUGGCCUGCUCUUUGAGGACCCCCGAUUCCCCGCCACCGACGACUCGCUCUUCUACCAGGGCAACAGGAUCGGACGUGUGGUCUGGAAGAGGCCUCGGGAGCUGUGUGAAGACCCUCACCUGUUUGUAGAUGGCAUCAGCGCACACGAUUUGCACCAGGGACAGCUGGGUAACUGCUGGUUUGUUGCGGCGUGCUCCAGCUUGGCCUCCAGAGAGUCUCUAUGGCAAAAAGUCAUUCCUGAGUGGAAGGAGCAAGAGUGGGACACAGAGAAGCCAGAAUCCUACGCUGGGAUUUUCCACUUCCGCUUCUGGCGCUUCGGUGAGUGGGUGGACGUGGUGAUUGAUGACCGGCUACCGACGGUGGACAACCAGCUGGUCUACUGCCACUCCAACGACAGCAACGAGUUCUGGAGCGCCCUGGUGGAAAAGGCCUAUGCCAAGGUUUAUGGCUGCUACGAGGCUUUGGAUGGGGGAAACACGGCUGAUGCUCUGGUGGAUUUCACGGGUGGCGUUUCGGAGCCCGUGGACCUGCUGGAAGGUCAGAUGGCAACAGAUGAGGUGGCCCGAAACCAGCUGUUUGAAAGAGUCCUCAAAGUCCACAACAGAGACGGCCUCAUCAGCUGCUCCAUCAGGGCGACCACUAUCGAGGACAUGGAGGCACGGCUGGACUGUGGUCUCGUCAAAGGUCAUGCCUACGCUGUGACAGAUGUGAAGAAAGUUCGGCUCGGGCAUGGUCUGCUGGCCUUCUUCAAGUCGGAGAAGCUGCACAUGAUCCGCAUGAGGAACCCCUGGGGAGAGAAGGAGUGGAGCGGCCCCUGGAGCGACAGUUCAGAGGAGUGGAACAAGGUGAGCAAGAGCGAGAGAGAGAAGCUGGGUGUCACCGUGCAGGACGACGGCGAGUUCUGGAUGACAUUCGACGACUUCUGCCAGUACUUCACUGACCUGAUCCUGUGCCGCCUCAUCAACACCUCAUAUCUGAGCAUCCACAAAACCUGGGAGGAGGAGGUGAUGAGGGGCUCCUGGGUCCACCGACAGGACCCUCUCCGCAACCGGGCCGGAGGCUGCAUCAAUCACAAGACCACCUUCCUGCAGAAUCCUCAGUACGUGUUUGAUGUGAAGAAGGUGGAGGACGAGGUGCUGAUCUGCUUGCAGCAAAAAGAAAAGAGAGCUACACCCAAAGAGGGCAAAGGGGAAAACCUCGCCAUAGGCUUUGACAUUCACCGGGUGGAGCUGAAUCGAAAGUACCGUAUGCACUCAGCCCAGCAGAAAGUAGCGGGCUCCAUCUACAUCAACUCACGCUGCGUCUUCCUCAGGAAGGAGCUGAAGGAGGGCCGCUACGUCAUCAUUCCCACAACCUUUGACCCUGGGCAGCAGGGCGACUUCCUGCUCCGAGUCUUUACUGAUGUGCCUUCAGACUGCAAAGAGCUGUCUCUGGACGAGCCUCCUCAGACAUGCUGGACGGGGAUGUGUGGCUACCCUCAGCUGGUCACUCAGGUCCAUGUACUGAACGCUGAGGGUCUGCAGGGACAGGAAUCCAACGGAGCUGUAGAUCCGUACGUGAUCAUCACCUGUGAAGGAGAGAGGGUUCGUUCUCCUGUUCAAAAGGAUGCGCGGUGCCCGAACUUCGACAUUAAAGGCCUGUUCUACCGCAAGAAACCCAAGGAGGGCAUCCACAUCGAGAUCUACAACAAGAACAUGAUCGUGGACACCUUCCUGGGUCAGGUGAUCCUGUUCAGCGACCCCAACGAGCGGCAGGAGCAGCACACGCUCCAUCUCCGCGACAAGGGCAGCCGCCAGGACAACGACCUGCCAGGCACGCUCACUGUGCGCCUCAUCACCUCCACCACACUCACCAACAUCUGAUCCCAUCGCUCAGACAGUUACAGCGAUAGAAACUCAAGAUGGCGUUCUAUCGUGUCCGUCGAUCAUGCUCACCUUUAACCCUCCAGACAUCAUGGGGGCUCGUUUUUUCUGCUGCCUGCACUUUUCUUAUUGGUUGCCCGUUUUUACUUUUUUUUGCUUCAGCUUUUUGGAAGUUUUUGGAAAGUCUGUAACUAUAUCUCUGAGCAGACGUGUCCAAAGACAAUAUUUGGUUUAUUCACCAGAAUCUCCGUCAGCUGAGCUCUCACUGAUGGAGAAAAAGACCAACCUGACAUGAGUUCAAUGAGUACAUUGAUUUAGCUCUAAUCAACACAACUCUUCAUCAUUUCAUUCUUCAUGUAGUUGUGUUCAAACACUCAUACAUGCACAUCUAAUACGUAUGCAGACAUCUCUGCACUCUCCAUGCAUGUGCCAAUGUUUCCAAGGGCUAUGCAUUGCCUUAAGGUUGGGUCUGUCUCCACCUUGAGGAGGCGGAGGGGGUUUAUGUUGAAAACUCUUUAUCUUCUCGGUCAGCUGUCCUCAGUGUUAGCACAUCAUCCAUUUCUGUCCCUUGAAAUCUAAAUUGAACCCUGCUUUUUGUCAUAGUCUCCAUUUAUAUUCACGUCAUGUGUACUCUUUUAUAUCCGUCGCUGUUUGUCCCACCUGGUCCGCUCACCAAGACCCCUCAAGUCUUCACCAGUUUGCCGGUGCUUUGGAGAGCAUGCAGCACUGUCUGUCACUUUUUACUGUGGACUUUACAAAACCGAUAGCCAACAGCAGCUAUUCUCUCCCUCUUCUGAGAGCUUUUCUGUGUUGUUCUGUGAGCGCGCUCAUGUGUGAAAUCUUGCCUCCCGUCUUCCAUCACUACGACCAUUUCAGACUCCCCGAGACGCUUUCUGCCGGUUGCUAUGGACGAUCUUAAAAACUGCAUGGCUUCAAAAACUGAACUCUUUGCCUGUGCUGCACAUCUUUCCGGUCGUAGCUUAGCAGCCGGUGCUUUUGAUAGUGCUACCCUUCCUCUUUGAUUCCCUCCCUCCCCCCGACAUGUGUGUACACCUUCCCAGUCCAGCGGAGUGCAAAGAUUUACCCUGACAUAAUCAAGUGCUUUAUGGGACCAAAGAUGAGCCAGACCCUCCGCUCUCUUAGUCCCUUUUGGACCGCUCUGGCCUGGCCCGUCCUGGCCUGGCCUGGCCUGGCCUGGCCUAGCUACAAACCACCACCCCCUGUGCCACAUCAUCUCUUAACGGCAACACCACUGCCUGACGCUUCCUCUGACUUGAGUCUGUUGGCCCGGCCAAGACUCAUGCCACGUGAUCCGGAGAGACAGCAGCUGUGCUUCUGCUGUUAAGACAGAACAGGCGCGAGUGUAUGUGUGGUUGUUGAACUGCAUGAGUGUGUGUGUGUGUGUGUGUGUG